CAAAUGGAAGGAUGGAAACCAGAUGCUGUCUGUGACCAGUCAGUUACUCAGGGGCACCUCAAGCAGAUAUUCCAGUUACUUGAGAAGAAGAUCAUCAUCUUUGUGAAGAAUGAGCUUGGGAGAUUCCAGAAGAUCGUGAGUCCAGAUUACCAAGAAAACUUUGAGGGUAAAGAGCAGGAUGAGAGUGAUGCCAGAGAAGGGGCUCUCAAGAUGGCACUGCACUUCCUGAGGAACAUGAAGCAGAAACAUAUUGCUGACAAAUUGGAAGAAAAUGAACAGGAUGUAGUUUGUCAAAUUGAGUUGAAAGGAAAUCUCAAGAACAAGUACCAGAGUGUGUUUGAAGGAAUACCCAAGCAAGGGAGCUCUGCUCUGCUGGAAAAAAUCUACACAGAGGUCUAUAUCACAGAGGGAGGAAGUGGAAAAGUAAAUGAGGAGCAUGAAGUCAGGCAGAUUGAGUCCAUAUCCAAGAGACCAGUUGGACAAGAGACAUCAAUUAAAUGCAGAGACAUCUUUAAGCCCUUACCUGACCAAGACAAACCAAUUAGAAGUGUCAUUACAAAGGGAGUAGCUGGGAUUGGCAAAACCGUGUCCGUUCAGAAGUACAUCCUGGACUGGGCUGAAGGAAAAGAAAACCGGGAUGUCCACUUCAUAUUUCCACUUCCUUUUAGGGAGCUCAACCCCAUGAAAGACAAACAGAUUUCUUUUAUGGAACUCCUCCACAAUUUCUUUUCAGAAAUGAAGCAGUUAACUUUUCCCAGCCAGGAGAAGUACAAAGUGUUGUUCAUCUUUGAUGGUCUGGAUGAAUGUCGACUCCAACUAGACUUCCGGAAAAAUGAAGUCUUGACUGAAGUGACAAAGGCCACUUCAUUGGAUGUUCUCCUGACAAAUCUCAUCCAGGGUAAUCUGCUUCCCUCUGCCCUACUUUGGAUCACUUCUCGACCAGCAGCAGCUGAUCAAAUCCCGCCUCAGAACAUUGACCGGGUUACAGAAGUACAAGGAUUCAGCGACCCUCAGAAGGAGGAGUACUUCAGAAACAGAAUCAGUGAUCGAAAUCUUGCCACCAAAGUCUUCUCUCACAUCAGAUCAUCAAAAAGCCUCCACAUUAUCUGCCACAUACCAGUGUUUUGCUGGAUUGCUGCUACUGUGCUUGAACGUCUUCUUCAGACUGAAGGAUGUAAGGAAGUUCCAAAGACUUUGACGGAGAUGUACACGUGUUUCCUUGUUUUUCAAACCAAGCAAAGAAGUCUGAAGUUUGAAGGAGUUCAUGCCACAGAUCCACAGUGGAACCGGGCUAGUCUCCUUGCUCUUGGAAAGUUGGCCUACGAACAGCUUGAAAAGGGCAAUCUGAUCUUUUAUGAAGACGACCUGAGAGAGAGUCAUAUUGAUGUCACAGAGGCAGCAGUACACUGUGGCAUUUGCACCCAGAUCUUUCGAGAAGAGCCAAGCCUUCAUCAGGAAAAGUUGUACUGUUUUGUUCAUCUGAGCAUCCAAGAGUAUCUUGCAGCUUUUUAUGUCAUGCUGGUGUUUAUAACUGAAGGAAUAGACCUCAUGACCUCAGAGCAAGACCCCAGAGAUCUUCCUCUGGAUCUGAAACAACGACCAGAGCACAAAUCCAUGAGCACCUUACAUAAGAAUGCUGUGGACAAGGCCUUGAAACAUGAAGACGGACGCUUUGAUCUUUUCCUCCGUUUCCUGCUUGGCCUCUCACUGGAAUCCAACCAGAGACGCCUAUAUGGCCUACUGGAGAAAAUACAGGAUGAACGCAAAGAGGAAAUAGCUAGUUACAUCAAGACAAAAAUCAGGGAGAUUCCAUCAUCAGAAAGAGUUAUAAACCUCUUCCACUGUCUGAAUGAAGUCAAUGAUCACUCCUUAGUGGAGGAGGUCCAGAGCUUCCUGAGUGCUGGGACACUUUCUGAAGCCAAACUCUCAUCCACACAGUGGUCCGCUCUCGUGUUUGUGCUUCUGACAUCAGAAGAAAAGCUGGAUGUGUUUGACUUGAAGAAGUACCUUAGGUCUGAUGAAUGUCUCCUAAGGCUGCAGCCAGUAGUGGAGGAAUCCCAAAAAGCUCUGCUCAACAGUUGUAGGCUCACAGAGAGGAGUUGUGCAGAUCUUGCAUCUGUUCUCACCAAAGCAUCUUCAAAGCUGAAACAUCUGGACCUCAGUGACAACAGUAUUGGAAAUACUGGGGUUCAAAAACUGUGUACUGGACUGAGUAACCCAAAUUGUGCACUGGAGACACUCAGGCUCAACAGUUGUAGGCUCACAGAGAGGAGCUGUGCAGAUCUUGCAUCUGUUCUCACCAAAGCAUCUUCAAAGCAGAAACAUCUGGACCUCAGUGACAACAGUAUUGGAAAUACUGGGGUUCAAAAACUGUGUACUGGACUGAGUAACCCAAAUUGUGCACUGGAGAUACUCAGACUCUCUGACUGCAGUAUCACAAAGAAGGGCUAUGCUAGCCUGGCUUCAGCCCUGAGGGUAAAUCCCAAUUGCCUCAGAGAGCUUGAUCUCAGAGGAAAUGAUCCAGGGCGAUCAGGAGUAAAACUGCUUUUAGACCUGAAGGACGAUCCACAGUGUACGCUGAGAAAUAUCCAGUUCCUGAAAAGUAGUGCUGCUGAGGAAGCCUGUGCUGCUGUGGCUUCAGCUGUGGGUUCAAACCCCUUACUCAUGACUGAGCUGGAUCUGAGUGGACGCAUACCAGGAGUCUUGGGAGUGACUCAGCUUUGUGCUUUACUGCAGGAUCCACACUGCAGACUGCACACAUUAAGCUUGCAGAACUGCAGUGUUGGAGAGGAAGGCUUCAGAACUCUUGCAUCAGCGCUGAGAUCAAACCCCUCACACAUGAGAGCGCUGUGGCUGAAUGGAAAUAAAACAGGAGACUCUGGAGUGAAGCAUCUUUCUUCUCUUCUGGAGGAUCCCAACUGUAAACUGGGAUAUCUAAACUUGAAGAACUGCAGUAUUGGAGAGGAAGGCUUCAGAGCUCUUGCAUCAGCACUGAGAUCAAACCCCUCACACAUGAGAGAGCUGCGGCUGAGUGGGAAUAAAGCAGGAGACUCAGGAGUGAAGCAUCUUUCUUCUGUUCUGGAGGAUCCCAACUGUAAACUGGAGAAACUAGACUUGCGGAACUGCAGUAUUGGAGAGGAAGGCUUCAUAGCUCUUGCAUCAGCACUGAGAUCAAACCCCUCACACAUGAGAGAGCUGUGGCUGGAGGGGAAUAAAGCAGGAGACUCAGGAGUGAAGCAUCUUUCUUCUGUUCUGGAGGAUCCCAACUGUAAACUGGAGAAACUAGACCUGCAGAGCAGCAGUAUUGGAGAGGAAGGCUUCAGAGCUCUUGCAUCAGCACUGAGAUCAAACCCCUCACACAUGAGAGUGCUGAGGCUGAGUUGGGAUAAAGCAGGAGACUCAGGAGUGAAGCAUCUUUCUUCUCUUCUGGAGGAUCCCAACUGUGAACUUCGGGAACUACUCCUGAAUAACUGCAGUAUUAGAGAAGAAGGCUUCAGAGUUCUUGCAUCAGCACUGAGAUCAAACCCCUCACACAUGAGAGAGCUGCGGCUGAGUGGGAAUAAAGCAGGAGACUCAGGCGUGAAGCAUCUUUCUUCUCUUCUGGAGGAUCCCAACUGUAAACUUGAGGAACUACACCUGUCAGAUUGCCGUAUUGGAGAGAAAAGCUUCAGACUUCUUGCAUCAGCACUGAGAUCAAACCCCUCACACAUGAGACGGCUGCAGCUGAGUUGGAAUGAAGCAGGAGACUCAGGAGUGAAGCAUCUUUCAUCUCUUCUGGAGGAUCCCAACUGUAAACUGAAGAAACUAGACCUUAGGGCAUGUAGUAUAACAGAUGAAGGUUUCAGAGCUUUAGCAUCAGCACUGAGAUCAAACCAAUCAGCCCUCAGAGAGCUCUGGCUGGAGGAGAAUCAGCUUGGACCCUCAACACAGCAGCUGUUCUCUGAACUUAAGAGAGAUCCAAACUGUAAACAUUUAAAAAUACAUGGACCUUAAAUGAAUCAGUCCGGUAACAAUGUCACGUUGAGAAUCUUCACUCUGAAGGCUGUAUUGUGCUGUAUGCUCAUGUGAAUUGUCUUUGUGUUAUUUUUAUUCUCACCUACAGUCAAUUCCUAGACACACACAUACACACACACACACACACACACACACACACACACACACACAUACACACACACACACACACACACACACACACACACACACAUUGAAACAAGUGCUGAUGGGAACACUUUAGCUCUGAAAGAUAUGUAUUGCUUUGGUUUUGCUUAUUGCUUCAUUUGUGAUCCUUGAAUGCACAAUACACAACUCUUCUCAUCAUCAGAUGUUCUUCAUUUUGAUACUCUUAAAUGUCAAGUAUUGUGAUUUUGAUACAUAUACAGUAUACGCCAACCUGAUAUAUGCUGUAUACUGGGGGAUUCUUGUAAUAAACGUUGAAGCU